AUGCUGAGGCAAUCGCUGUUUUCGACUGGCCCAUCGGCCCCCUUUGCGACGCCGAACCCGGCACCUGCUGCUGCCCCUCGAAAGUCCUUCCUGCAACGGCAUCCUGUACUCAAGUGGACCACCUACUGCACCGGAUCGAUCAUCUUUGGACUCAGUGCCACUGUGGCCAUUAUCCUUGGCCAUGACGCCCUGACAUACCACGAUGCCCACGUCGAGAAUGUCCCGGCGAGUCCGCUGGCUCUUCACCCGCAACCGGGCGGACCGAAGAAUCUGCCUAUCGUGUCAGACUUUAUCGAAGGGCGCGAUAAAGAUGACAAACAACAAAGGAAGGAACGCCUCGUCGUCGUGGGAGGUGGAUGGGGCGCCGUGGCCCUGCUCUCCUCGUUGGACCCGGAAAAGUACGACGUGACGCUCGUUGCCCCCAACAACUUCUAUCUCUUUACGCCACUCUUGCCGAGCGCCACCGUCGGCACCGUCGAGCCGCGGUCGCUGGUGGAGCCGCUCAGAAAGAUCCUGGCCAAGGUCAAGGGACACUAUGUCCAAGGCCGCGCCGUCGACAUCGUCAUGGGCAACACCUUUCCUGAGGCAGCUGGCGGACAGCAGCGCCUGCUCGAGGUUGAGGUCAUCGAUGGCCACGAGCCAGAUGCGGUUUCGGCGAAGGAGGGAUCCUGCACACACAUGGGAAAGCGCGUCUACGUCCCCUACGACCGCAUUGUCGUUGCCGUGGGCAGCAUCACAAACGACCAUGGCGUUCCCGGCCUAGAGAAUUGCUUCCACCUCAAGACGAUCUCGGACGCGAGAAGGAUCCGAAGCCACAUUCUUGACAACCUCGAGAUUGCCUCACUGCCCACAACCACGCCCGAGGAACGCGAGCAGCUCCUCAGCUUUGUCGUCUGUGGUGGUGGGCCCACUGGCGUCGAGACGGCUGCCGAGAUUUACGACAUGCUCAACGAGGACGUGCUUGACUACUACCCAAAGCUUCUCAGGGCAUCAGCCCAUAUUCACCUGAUCCAGUCGAGGGAGCACAUUCUCAACACGUACAGCGAGGCCAUCUCCGACUAUGCCGAGCGUAAGUUUGCCCGGGAUGCCGUCAACGUCAUUGUCAAUGCGCGUGUCAAGCGCGUCGAGUCGGACAAGGUCGUCUAUUCGAUCAAGGAUCCAGCCACGGGCAAAGUGGUGGAGAAGGAGGUCCCCUCGGGCUUCACCCUCUGGUCGACGGGCAUUGCCAUGUCACCCUUUACGAAGAGGGUCACGCAGCUGCUCCCCAACCAAUCCCAUCUCAAGGCCCUCCAGAUUGACUCGCACCUCCGUGUCGUGGGCGCCCCGCUGGGCAGCAUGUAUGCGCUCGGCGACGCAAGCACAAUCGACACGAGACUCAUCGACCACAUCUACGACUUUGUUGACCAGAGCGAUACGGACCACGAUGGGCAACUCAACUACGACGAAUUCCAGGUCAUGGCGGCAUCGAUUGGCCGAAAAUACCCGCUGGCAUCCAAGCACUUUACCAAGCUCAAGGAGCUAUUCGAGCGCUAUGACCGAGACAAGAACGGAACAUUGGGUCUCAACGAAAUUGCAGAGAUGCUCCUUGAGACACAACAGAAGAUGACGAGCCUGCCUGCCACGGCUCAAGUCGCCUCACAGCAGGGCAAGUACCUCGCCAAGAAGCUCAACAACCUGGCAAAGAGGAGAGACGAGGGCAAGGAGAUGAACCCGCAUGAUGACUCGGACGUAUACGACCUCGACGACCACGUCAGCAAGCCAUUCGAGUACCACAACUUGGGCGCACUUGCCUACAUUGGCAAUGCUGCUGCAUUCGAUCUGCCCAUUCCCGGGCCCGUGCAUACAUUCGUGGGCGGCCUUGUCUCGAUGUACGCUUGGAGAUCCUUCUAUCUCUCUGAGCAAGUUAGCCUCAGGACAAGACUGCUGCUGAUGUCCGACUGGAUCAGGAGAGGCAUCUACGGCCGAGAUGUAAGCCGGAUCUGA